AAACUAUAUUAUUUGCUCGAUGAUACAAACAGUGUAUUGAAAAAAAUUGUAACUAAAUUUAAAAAAAAUGAAUGACCAAGACCCCUGCUGGCCGUGCGAAGAAGAUGUAAUCGAGAAACUGCCUCCUUGCCCCUUACAAUGCAGAUCUUUGAAAUGCAAAGCGUUUAAAAGAGUUUCAUUGGAAGGCAUACCAAUAGUAUGGGUGCUCGGCGGCCCAGGGUCCGGCAAGGGCACUCAGGUUAACAAAAUCGUAGACAAAUAUGGACUCACGCUUUUGUCGCCGGAUGCGUUAGUUCGUGAGGAGGUGAAGACGGGGUCAGUGCGAGGAAAGUGCCUGUCUAAGAUUCUGGAGCGAAAUGACACGGCUCCAACUGAUGUGAUCAUCGAUCUGCUGAAAGACGCCAUCUACAUAAAUGCCAGCUCCAGGGCUACAAGGGCCAAAGGCUUCCUGUUUGACGGGUUCCCGAAAGAGAAGAGUCAAGCCGUCAUGUUUGAGACAAGAAUUAAACCCUGCACGGUAAUCUUCUACCUCGAAGCAUCAUCAGACACCUUGACGAAGCGGCUCAUGGCGCGAGAUCCCUCCGCAAACGAGCAAGCAAUUAAACAGAGGGUGAAGGCAACGUUUGAAGUGGAUGAACUGCUGUUGGCUGCGUAUUGUGAAAAAGCGUAUAGAAUUAAUGCCGAGAAUGAUGCAGACACGAUGUUCCGCGAGCUGUCGGAGAUCCUAGACUCAUUCGUCUAAGAACAUCGGAGUCACUGUCGUACCAUAAUUAAUUCAAGAUGCCCCUG